AUUCAUAUGACUCAGAAUCAGAAUAAACGUCCCAGUCCAGUAGUGUAGUGUAUUGUUAGCAAGCGUAGUGCAAUGAUGAAAUUUAACAUCACCGCGAUCGUCUCGUUUUGAGUUCGGUCAGCUCGUAAGCCUUGCCUGAUCAAGCGAUUAACUGUUUGUGCAUUCUGUGUGUUUUUUUUUUUACUCCAUGUGCUGCUUGGAGUCCGUCGACUGAUAAUAACAAGUGUUGAUAGUGAUGCGCUGAUAAGCUGCUGCAAGAGUUCUGUCGAUUGUCCAAAAAAAAACGCAGCGCUAUGUUUUAGUAAGAAGGUAGUUGCCGUGCCAGUCACACGCUUUAUUUCGGUUGAUAAGCUUAACAAUAUUGGAAUUUUUAUUGCCAAAAGGAAGUGUUUUUGUGUGUUAUAUAAUUUCCUGUGCGGUAGCUUUUGUGUGAUAACAAUAGCAGAGGUCCCCGUGAGGCAACCACCAAGCAAUCAAUAUCUAGUGUAUAGAUAAAUAAGUGUUGUACUGUGUGUAAGAAUAAGUGUAUUGUUUGUGGGGGCAAUGAAGUAGCUGUUGCACUUUCGAGUGUAAACUCCACCAAAACCGGUUUCCGCAUCAAUGUGCCUUGAACUAGGUCGCAUGAUUUAAUGAUCGCCAAUUAGACUUAGCAGCCACACUACGCUUCAAGGUUCCAGUCCCCGUGAUUAAUCAAAAUACAACCGCUGAGGCAACCAAAGACGUGUCACAAGAAUGUCUCACGAAAACGAAGAAAACAAGGUGCGAUACCGAAGAACACAGAGCGUUACGCGGGCCGAAGAGAUUACAAAAAAAGAAUCGAAACAACGAAGAUCACAACCGGAUAAACCAUGCCAUCAACCGCGGGACUCGCUAUUCUCCUGGAGCUCCGGGUUCAACAAUUUCACCGGUCUGGUCAAUUGGGGUUUUCUGCUGCUCACGAUGGGAGGUUUCCGUCUGGUGCUCGAAAACUUUAUCAAAUACGGCAUUCGGGUCGAUCCGGUACAGUGGUUCGUGGUUCUGACGGGUAGGAACGAAGGCGAGGGCCAUCCGUCGUUGCUGUUGAUUUUUUAUUCGAUAGUUCCUAUAUUGAUAUGUUUGAUAGUGGAAAAAGGCCUCGCAGCUGAUAUACUGAUGGAAAGUGCCGGCAUGAUAGUACACGUGAUUAACAUCGUGGUACUAGUGCUGAUACCGAUGGUUGUGAUACACGUCAAAGGGCAAACUUUCAGUCUGGUUGGUGCCAUGACAGUCUGUUUCAUCUAUUGUAUUCUAUUUCUGAAAAUGUGGAGCUACGUUCAGGUCAAUCUGUGGUGCCGAACGCGGUACAAACAUCGACGCAGUCGAUCAGGUCGUCGUCAAAGUAUUUCAAUUGCACAACUUCAAAACGAGCGCGAACAUGAGCAAGAACGCACCAGCAACGGAAACGGAACAAUACCAAACAAGGAAAAAGACGCUGUACCGAAACUGGUACAUUACCCGGACAACCUGCACCUGAAGGACUUCUUCUACUUCCUUUUGGCACCGACUCUUUGCUAUGAGCUAAACUUCCCUCGUACCUCCCGAAUCCGUAAACGCUUUCUGAUUAAACGCAUCCUUGAGGUGGUCAUCGGUGUGCACAUCGUGAUGGGUCUCUUCCAGCAGUGGAUGAUUCCCUCUGUUCGGAACUCGUUAGUUCCGUUCUCCAAUAUGGAUCUAACGAAAACCGCCGAGCGGUUGUUGAAAUUGGCGAUUCCAAACCAUCUUAUGUGGUUAUGCUUCUUCUACCUGACGUUUCACUCGUUUCUAAAUUUGAUGGGUGAAUUACUUCAUUUUUCCGACCGAAAUUUCUACAGUGACUGGUGGAACGCUAACAAUAUUGACACCUUUUGGAGGAGCUGGAACAUGCCCGUACACAAAUGGUGCGUCCGACAUCUGUACAUCCCGGUGGUGGAGCUGGGUUAUUCGAAAAUUUCCGCUUCGGUGAUCGUGUUCUUCAUCAGUGCCUUCUUCCACGAGUACCUCGUCAGUGUGCCGCUGAAAACGUUCAAAAUCUGGGCCUUCAUGGGCAUGAUGGCCCAGAUACCGCUCUCUACCGUAUCCAAGUUUAUGGAAGUCAACUACGGACACCGGUGGGGUAACAUAGUCGUGUGGACGUCUAUCAUCCUUGGUCAACCGCUUGCCAUCAUGAUGUACUAUCACGAUUACAUGAUCACCAAUUACAGUGAUGUUGUUGCGUAGUCUGUGCGUGCUUUACAGGCCCGCACUUAUCGUGGCAACUCUUUGCCGAAAUUACCUGAUCGCAUAUUGAGUUGUGGAAAACACCCACACAUCACAGUUAAAACUACCUAAAACAAUCAAAGAGCAUCACGUGUCUUUCAUGCCAUACAUCAUAUGUUAUGUUAUACAUUUGAUAAAAGAUAAGCAAUUUUCUGCAUGAUUUCUACUUUUUGAAUAUAGUGUUUUUUGUGGAAAAUGGUUA